GGUGGCUGUGGCGCUAAGCAGGGAGCCUACGCCGGGCAGCCACGUGUGCCUAGCGGAAAGAAGGGGUCGAACGCUGAGGUGGAGGAAUUCCGCUAGCUCUGGGGUGAGCCUGGCCACGCCCACAGGAGGGGGUGUGUAGCUGCUGGGCGAGCGAAGGGUUAAUGUCUCCCUGCUGCCCUGGGAGGUUCCUCCUGCCGGGGCCGGCUCGAGCCGCUAUUGCAGGCGCGCGCGGCUUCUGUCAGCGCGGCCUCGCCCGCAAAGAGGAAUGGAAUUUUCUUGGCGCAAAGGAGAAUGAAAAGCGGUUUUAUGAGACCAAAAGAAGUACUAAGGAUUUUGGAGAGAUCACAUUGUAACAAUAAAGAGUUGCUGGCAACUGAAGAUUCGUUUCAUGUUUCUUAAAUAUUGGUUGACGUUGAAAAUUUAAUUGUGCCCCUAAUUCAGCAUGGAAUCUGGCACUUCCCCCAAGAGCAAUGUAAUAAAUUGGGGAAUGCAGUUUUAGGACAGCAAGUUCAUAAUGUUCUAUUCUAGCCAUGAUUUAGUGCAGUUAAUGUUCUAAUUGUUUUUUGAAGCGUAACAUACAUGCAUUCAAAUACUUCAAAGAAUGGAAGAAGAAAAAACUGUUUAUACUGUGCCUGUCACAUCUGAAUGCCUGGAUGUGGAGACCCUUAGCAAUGUCAGUGGCGAAAGAGGUGAAGGUGAUGCACAGAUGUUUUGGAGGCAAAUGGAAGAUGAAAGAGUGGACUUCAUAUUUGAGCAGGUGCAAAACGUAUUGCUGUCUCUGAAACAAAAGAUCAAGGAUGGAACUGCAACAAAUGAAGAAUGCUUCCAAGCUUUGAUACUGGUGGAUAGAGCUGAUGGAAGCAAUCUCUUAGCAUUGACAAAUGUAAAUGAUGUAACUACUGAAGAUGGGAUGCAGAGAAGCAAACCUAGGUUACAGCCUUCUAUAUCAAAUGAAAAUACAACAGGUUCUCCUUUAAUGGAGGCAAAAGAAAAAUCACACUCAGGGAAUGAAGACAUAUGUAGUGAAUCAAGGGAGCUAUGUUACCAGAAUCAUGACUGCUCUAAUGUAUGUCUUGCCAACAGACCACUGAACUCAUACAAGGGAGAAAACCCUCUUAAAAUACCAAUCCUGUGUCAUUUCCAGAGACGACAUGCAAAAGCAGACUUGCUUUCAAAGUCACUUGAUGUGAAUUAUAAGGCCCCCUGUGGGAGGAGUCUGAGAAACUUUCAAGAUGUGCAGAGUUACCUGUUUGAAACAGAGUGCAACUUUUUAUUUGUCGAUCACUUUUCUUUCAACACAUACGUACAGCUGGGCAGAAACACUCUGAACCGAGAAGCACUUGUAUUUGAUUUUGAUAUCAGCAAUGGAGCAGAGUCUGUGCCCAUUUCCUUCUGUAACGAAGUUGACAACACAAGAUUACCUUAUUUUAAAUAUAGGAAGGCCUCGUGGCCACGUGGGUACUAUCUGAACAACUUCUCCAGCAUGUUUCUUGACUCAUGCGACUGUACGGAUGGCUGCACAGACAGGUCAAAAUGUGCGUGCCUACGGCUGACUGCAAAAGCCUGCAAUGAAAAUUCUGCCUCACCAAGUAACAAAGCAUCUUGUGGUUACAGGUAUAAAAGGCUGGAUGGACCUGUCCCCAGUGGAAUUUACGAAUGCAACUUAUCGUGCAAGUGUGACAGAAUGAGAUGUCAGAACAGAGUAGCACAGCAUGGUAUCCAAGUUCGGUUGCAGGUAUUCAACACAGACCAGAAGGGCUGGGGCGUCCGCUGUCUAGACGAUAUUGACAAAGGAACAUUUGUUUGUACUUAUUCAGGCAGGUUAAUGAGCAGAGCUGAGCCUCGGGAAAUGGGAGAUGUCAAUCGUGAGGCCGAAAAGAAGGAUGCUGUGAAUGAGAAAAGUCCCAGCUCACUUUCAGUAAAGAGAAAACUGGACACUACUUGUUCAGAUUCUGAGAUUGAACUUGUCCAGACUGGUAAAGACAGCAUUAACAGGAGGUGUGAAACUUUAUCUCAGCCUGCGGAUGAUGAAUAUAAACCAGUUGUGGUUCAGAAAUAUGGAUAUAAUCCAAGGAAUCUGAGAAGCCCAGCCAUUAGGCCUAAAACCAGAACUGCUAUUCUUCAGACUCGCCGGCUAAAACUGGGAGUCGCUACACUGGUGCACGAUGCCAGCUCGGAUGAAGGUGAUAGUUCUCAGCCCCAGCCGUCAACCAAAACAAAACUAACCACUGGAACCAAAAAAGAAAAGGAAAAACCCAAACUGCAGGAAAAGCUAGGAGAACAAGAGGAGGCCAUGCAGUCUGAGCCAAGCAUCACAGAUACUGCAAAAUCUAAAGAAAAAAAGCCAUCUCCAGAAGAUGCAAGAGGUGGUAAAUCAGCCAGGCUGGAUGAUGCACAUGCUAUGAAACAGUCCAUGGGCCUACUCCAAAGAGACGACUUCAAAGAGGAAAAAAAUAGGAGAUGCACACAAGAUCCGCUCUGUAAUGAGGAGGCAGAAGGUGAUGAGACCCCUCUGAAGAAUUCUAAUAAAGAAAAUAUUUAUUUAUUGGAUGCCACAAAAGAAGGAAAUGUGGGCCGAUUUCUUAAUCAUAGCUGCUGCCCAAAUCUCUUUGUACAGAGUGUUUUUGUAGAGACGCACAACAGAAAUUUCCCUUGGGUGGCAUUCUUCACAAACAGGCAUGUGAAAGCUGGAACCGAACUCACAUGGGAUUAUGGUUAUGAAGCUGGAAGCAUGCCAGAGACAGAGAUCUCCUGUCAGUGUGGGGUUCAGAAGUGCAGGAAAAAAAGCGAGGAGUCCCCUGCACCCCCAGAGGCAGCGUCCGCUCGGCAGCGGCCCCGAGCAAGCUCGCCUCAACCCCCAGGCCGGGGCACGGCAACAGCGCGCCACACAUCAGCCUACAGCCUGGGCGGCGGCGGCGUCCGCCGGGCUGCCCCCAUCGCAGCUGGCGCCACCCGGGAUUCGAACCCGCCGCUUCGGACCGUCCCAGCCCGCGAAGGUAGGAAGCUGGCGCAGCCUCGCCACGCCUCACCCCGCCCCUCCGCGGCCCCAUAUCGCGUCAGGCAGGAAGCGAGGGCACCGUCAGGUUCAGCGGCUUCGGCGGCGGUUAGCGAGCAUGCGCACUUGAGCAGAUGCUUGGCACAUGCUCAGUCCCAGGGAGCGAGCCGGGUCGGUCCGAGGCUCUCCCAGCCGGGCACGCCCAUUUUCUGGCCCCUCCUCCCCCCCACCCCUUCGGGAGUUUCUAGGAUCGUGCCCUGUGUUGAGGCAGAAGCAGCAGCUCAGGCGGCGAAUGAUUCUCUCCUCCCCCACCCCCGGUGUCUCUCUCCAGGUGACUUCCACAUAAUGGAGAAGAUGGUAAAAAGGAAGUGUGCAUUUUGUCCAGCAGAUGAAGAGUGUGCUAUAAUGUACAUUGCAGAAAAGCAAAAUCUUGCAGUUCAUCAGAAUUGUUUGUUAUAUUCCUCAGGAUUUGUAGAAUCCGAAGAGCAUAACCCAGAGAAUCAGGAUACAAGGUUUGAUGUGGCCUCAGUUCAGAGUGAAAUCAGGAGAGGAAAGCGGCUGAUGUGCAACUUCUGUCGCAAGAAAGGAGCCACUGUAGGAUGCGAGAUAAAAACCUGCCGCAGGAGUUACCACUACUUUUGUGCACUGUGUGACGAUGCAGCAUUAGAAACUGAUGGAGGGCAAGGAAUUUACCGAGUGUUCUGUCCAAAACAUGACCCAGGCAAAAGGACCAAUCAUUAUGAUGCAGACAAUAAGAGGAACAGGCAUGGAAUGAAAUCUUCCACCUUCACGGAAAAAAGGAGCACGGAAGAGACAGCAGCAGAAAAUAGUUUACGACUUUUAAGGAAAAAACAUAACAAACACAAAGCAAGAAUAGACUUUCUUAGGAAGUGCAAGCAGGCUGGACUUCUGGAUGGUAUAUUUAAAGAAAUGCUAGACACACUUCACCUUGCAAAGGAAAAACUGAUGGAUGACAACACUUCAGAAACAGAAUACGAGGAAACAGUAAUAUCACUUUUUGACUGUAGCCUGUUUGAAAAUAUACUUACAAAUGUUCAUUCAGGAACAGAGGAAAAACUUCAGGAGCUUCUGGAAACCCGGAAAAGACUGGAUACUCAGAUUGAGCUCCUGAAAGAUUUAAAAGAAGUAAUUCCUUUCCAGGAAAAUAUAGCUAGUGCAUCUAGUUCAGUGUCUGAAUAACUAAUACUUCUCUUGAUAUCAACUUCCAUAUUAAAGAUUUUCUACUGACAGAAACUGCAUCUGGUCAGUGUAUAAAAGUGACUUUCAGAGAUAGGGGCGCACAGAAAAACAAUUGGGUGUUUUACUCCUAUUUUAUACCUCACUUUUGCAAUAACUUCAUUUGUCCGUUUCCUUUUUAAUUUUUACUGUGGCUCAAGGAGUGAUAAACACUUAAAUUUAAAUACCUUCCGUACAAGCUUUUUUUAAAGUACUCCACAAGCCACUUUUUAAAAUAACUUCGGUUGCGGCAGCCCCCUAUCACGUGAUGCGUCUGUGAUUCAAUGUCUGCUUAUCAUAGCAGACAAAAUCAUUAUUAAAAAUUGUUAGGGCUUUCCAAAGAGGAAUUUAACAAGACUUGCACUUGAAGAAGGCUUCUGAGUUCAAAGAAGCAGACUUUUUUUUUUAAUUACGUUUUCUCAAUUUACGGUGUGUUAAUGUUUAGGUAGUUCUGUUUUAACUGCAAUGGUGAGAGGUGGUGCCCAUUAGUUGUUUGCAAACACCUGAGGCUGGCUGGUGAUCAUCCUCUGAAAAAUCAUUCUGUGUAAAAUAGUUAGGGAGUCAAAUACUGCAGUAAGAACAUUUAUGGCUUCCAUGUGUUAUUUUGUCUUAUUAUAUUAAAAUUGUUUGAAUACAGAAAAGCAGUACAUUUAGUUACAAAAUUGCAAGUUAAUGAAAAACUUGACAAUAAAAUGUUUUUUGUAAAGAAA